AUGGACCUGCAAGAGCUGAUUGCCCCUGAGAAGACAACCUUCUACGAUGGCGCUUGGACGCCCGUCGGCCAGAAGCGCGAGCUCGCUCCCACGCUGUCCGCCAUUACUGGCGUGUCAGAAAGCAUCUUGACAGAGGAGUCGGAGCUGUCUGACCAUUCGGUGGCUGCGAGGCUCUCCUGGGCUGCUUCCCGCAAUGCUUCACGGAUCGAAGAUCGUGCUUAUUCCUUACUGGGUAUCCUUGGCGUGUUCAUGCCGAUGCUAUACGGCGAGGGGAGCAAAGCAUUCCGUCGGCUACAAGAGGAAAUCAUCAAACGUUCGAAUGAUCUCACGAUAUUCGCGUGGAGUAGUCCAUACAGUAUCUACUCCUACGAUGGCGGAAUCGAUCGUGCCGGCACUGCUCUUCUAGCAGACUCGCCAGACUUCUUCGCCAGUAUGGGCAAUAUUAGCCCAUUCAGGAAUGACUUUUUCGACUUCUCCUUGACAAACAAGGGUGUCUUGGUGCCCGAAGACCUGCUCAUAAGGCUGUUUUCGUUGCCCGGGCGGCCCGGAAAGAAGAUCUACGGCAUUUAUGUAGGAGCCGGCGAGAUUCCUGGGGGGAUCUACCUGCGGAAGAUUGGACCUCACCUUUUCCAGCGCUGCAGAUCGCUAUCCGUCCUUGGACUCUGGCAGCGAUUUCAUUGCAAUCAGAUUGGCGUCAGUCCAGCCGGUCCUCGUACGUAUAUCGUCGCAGACCCAUCUCGUCACACCGAUACUCUUUGGCAGGCGUUCAGAUCUCGUGCAAUACAUGUGCCCAAGAGCGACACCUGGAAGCUAAUACAGGUCGCUCCCGAUGAGCUCUGGGACGUAACUGAUCGAGUCCUCCUGCGACGGAGCACAUAUGACUGGGACACAUAUCCUAUCAAAGUGGCGUUUAGGUUCAAGGCGCGGAAUUCGCCUGCCACUAUCGACGUACAUUGCUAUCAAGAAGCCAAGUCUACGAAGCCACUGCUGACGGUCUCACAACACCACCGAGUGAACCCGCUGCACGAUGGGAGCUUCCACGACACGCUCCGGGAGGAACCGGUCCGAUGGCCAUCAGACGAGCACGCCAUUGUUUGGCAUAACGACGAGGACACAAUCGAGGUGCGAUACCCCGGAUAUGAUACGGUUCAGGUGCGGGUCUACCUUUACGAUGAUCGACUCCCUGGCAUGGACCCACUUACUACCAUCUACUCGUUGAGGAUUUGUGAUUGA